ACUGGUUAAGGAGUGGUUAUCCCGUCUCGCUGGUCGCAGGUUCGAUCCCCCGGCGCCGGUAAAACCCUUUCCUCAAGGCUGGAUACAACAACUCGGUAACGCUGCCGCUGCCCGACCUCCCAAGACACCUGCCUACCUUGUGACAGCUUCCCGUUCUCCCAGUGACUCGCGUGCCGCCGUAGGAGGAGGAGGUGUGUCGCUGCUGCUCCCUAACCCUUCCCUCAGAACCGUUGCCCUAAGAAAAGACAAAGAAAGAUAAAUGAUCAAGGAAAAACGUUCGGGAAGGAGAAUUAAACGUUUUUUUGUGUGUAUAUAGCAGUGUUUGUGUGUUAGUGUGUGUGUUACGAUUGCUACUACUGCUACUACUGCUACUACUACUACUACUACUACUACUACUACUACUACUACUGGUACUACUACAAGGACUGCUGGAGUUAUAAGUUAGAUUAUAAACUUCGUGGAAAGAGAGCAGAGAAAAGAUGAAAGGUGUUGGUCAGCCGGGGGGGCGAUGCUGAAGUGGCUCGUGACGCGCCCCCCCGCGCCCCCCCGGGAGGUGCUGACGGAGGACCCCCUUGCCACCCUCCGCCCCCCCUCCCCCUCCGCGAAGGUCAAUCAGGUGUAUGCCGUGUCCAGGGUCAACCCGCUGUUCGAGGAGGAUGAGGGGCUGGGGGACGUCGGAGUCGAGGGGGGCGAGGAUGGGGGCUGCGCGGGGGGCGGCGGGGGCGGGGACGGGGCGUCGCUGCGCUCCUCGGGCUACGGCAGCAAGGAGACGGACUCCGACGGGGAGGACGCGGCUGCGGGCAGGGGCAGGGCCGGGGGGGCGGCGGGGGCCGUGGUGGUGGCGUGUCAGCCUGACUUCGUGCGUGCCAUCAGCGUGGGGGUGCGGCGCGCCCGCUCCCUGGAGGCCCUGGGGCCCCCGCGGGUACCUGCCCCGACCCACGGGGCCUACACUGUGCCCCGACCCGCCCCGCUCAAGCCCCCCAUACACCCCGCCCCCCUCGUGGCCCGCGACCCCCACUACGUCACCUCCGUCCUCACCGACCGGCCCCCCCCGCCGGAGUCCGGCGCCAAGCGCCCCCUGUGCCGCGCCCCGGGGCUGCCGGAGGGGGGGGAGUGGGGGCCCGACUCCCUGGUGACCCCCGCCACGCUGCGACUCAUGGCCCCGCGCCAGGGGGAGGCGGGGGAGGCGCGGCUCGGCAGCGAGGAGCACCUCUACGAGACCCCCAUCACGCCCCCCGCCCCCCGCGUAGCCGCCCCCCGCGUGCCCGCACCCAGGCCCCCCGCCCCGCGCCGACCCCCGCCCCGCGGCCUCAGCUUUUCUCUGUCCCGCCCCCCCACCACCCUGCCCCUGCCGCGGCCCCGCAGCCACAGCGCCGACGGGGCGGGGGGCAGUGUGGGGAGCGGCGUGGGGGGCGUGGGGGGCGUGGCGGCGGCGGUGGCGCUGUGGGCGGCGUCGGGGCUCAAGACCAACGGCCGCAAGCUGCUGGUGCAGGGGGGAGGCGACCCUCCCGCCCCCCACGAGGACGAGGACGAGGUGUUCCGCCCCGCUCCCCUCGCGGCGCCCCGCGGCCACGACAACCUGGCCUUCGAGGGGGACGCCAUCCCCGCCCCCCCGCCCGCACUGCCCCUGGAGGAAUUCCAGCGGCGCCUGGCGCAGCGGCUGCGGGGGGCGCCGCCCCACCGCUCAGCCUGGCUGGACCUGCGGGGCGGCCGCGACCUGCUGGGGGUGCGGGGCGGGCUGGGGCGACGCGUCACCUUCACGGCGGACACCCGCAGCCCCCGCACCCCCCGGCCCCCCCGCGCGCCCUCCCCUCGCCCUAGCAUGCGGCUCACCCCUGCACCCCCGGGGCACUUCCGGCCCCCCUGGACCACUCCCGGCCUGCAUCUCCCCGGGGAGGCGUCGGCGGGGCCCUGGGGCUACGGCUCCCUGGACGGCGCGGCGCCCCACCCCAACCCAGGCUGUGUGAGUGAGCAGUGCCAUGAUUUCACCCUGGACCUUCAGCGGUCGGAGAAGCUGCGGGUGCUGACACGGCGGCGGCGGCGGCGGAGGCGGUGCUGUGCGGUGACGGUGGUGCUGGCGGCGGUGCUGGGAUUGCUUGCGGUGGUGCUGGCGUUCUCCCUCUACGCCACGCGGGGGGGGCGGGGUGACGGGGGUGAAGACGGGGGUGUUGGGGUGGUGGUCGGAAGGUCUGUUGUGCACCCUCGUUCGAUUCCCGGUGUUGUGGCGUCGUUGUCUGCGUCGUCUUCUGUUCGUCUGGAUGAGUCUGUUUUUAUGCUCGACGAGAAGUUUUAAAGUGUGUGUGUGUGUGUGUGUGUGUGUGUGUGUGUGUGUGUGUGUGUGUGUGUGUGUGUGUGUGUGUGUUCUUCUUGUUCUUUUUUCUAAUACAACUUUCUUACAGCCAAGAAUUACAUAUACUAUUUCUACUACUACAACUACUACUAUUACAACUAUCACUACAACUACUGCAUUUGUAUAGCAUUUAAAAUAAUUCUGCACUAUUUUUUAUAUACACCAACUCUCCUUACAACUAACACCACUUCUAGAGCAACUUUUAUCACUAUUUUUAUAUAUAUUUUCUAUUUCCACAACUAACCUUCUAUUUAUAUGGGACGAGGAGUGCUGUGAAGUGCAGGGGGAAGGGAGGAGGCGUACCCUGUUUUGUACCUAUCAGCGCAAGAGUGGGGCAGGGAUGUUGUCUUGCCCCAUCGCUUUUCAACACUUGUAUGGACUGGGUACUGGGCAGAGUUGUGGACCAGUGGAAUUUGUAUGGACUGGGUACUAGGCAGCGUUGUGGACCAGUGGAAUUUGUAUGAGGGUACUGGGCAGAGUUGUGGACCAGUGGAAUUUGUAUGAGGGUACUGGGCAGAGUUGUGGACCAGGGGAAUUUGAAUGGAUUGGGUACUGGGCAGAGUUGUGGACCAGUGGAAUUUGAAUGAGGGUACUGGGCAGAGUUGUGGACCAGUGGAAUUUGUAUGAGGGUACUGGGCAGAGUUGUGGACCAGUGGAAUUUGUAUGAGGGUACUGGGCAGAGUUGUGGACCAGUGGAAUUUGUAUGAGGGUACUUGGCAGAGUUGUGGACCAGUGGAAUUUGUAUGGUCUGGGUACUUGGCAGCGUUGUGGACCAGUGGAAUUUGAAUGGAUUGGGUACUGGGCAGAGUUGUGGACCAGUGGAAUUUGUAUGAGGGUACUGGGCAGAGUUGUGGACCAGUGGAAUUUGUAUGAGGGUACUGGGCAGAGUUGUGGACCAGUGGAAUUUGUAUGGACUGGGUACUAGGCAUAGCUGUGGACCAGUGGAAUUUGUAUGGUCUGGGUACUUGGCAGCGUUGUGGACCAGUGGAAUUUGCAUGAGCUGGGUACUAGGCAGAGUUGUGGACCAGUGGAAUUUGAAUGGACUGGGUACUGGGCAGAUUUGUGGACCAGAGUCACUUUGGAACAUCUGUGUGCAAUACCAGGGUCACUAAUCUUGUUUUUUACCGAUGAUGCAGUAAUCUUUGAAGUACCUUGAGGUUUUGGUGAACGCUCUCGAGGCACUGCACGAGGAGGAGGUAUGUCAAGUCUCGUGUGCCAAGACCAAGUACAGGUGUUUGGAGGCUUGCCGGGUGAAAUACUAGAGUCUGUUGAGGUGUUUUAUCAUUAAGUGCCUUUGCAGAAUCUUGGGAUAUCGCUGGAAUGACUGACCCACGUUCUCAAACAUGUCAAGGCUCACACACCCACGUUUGGUAAGACUUUGGUGGAGGUUGUGUUGUUAGUAUUUCCAUGGGUAGUGUUAUGAGCCUAGUGAUGGUUUGACAAGGCUUUGGUAGAGGUUGUGUUGUUAGUAUUUCCAUGGGCAGUGUUAUGAGCCUAGUGAUGGUUUGACAAGGAUUUAGUAGAGGUUAUGUUGUCAGUAUUUCCAUGGGUAGUGUUAUGAGCCUAGUGAUAGUUUGACAAGACUUUGAUAGAGGUUAUGAUAGUAUUAUUUCCAUGGGUAGUGUUAUGAGCCUAGUGAUGGUUUGACAAGGAUUUAGUAGAGGUUAUGUUGUCAGUAUUUCCAUGGGUAGUGUUAUGAGCCUAGUGAUGGUUUGACAAGGAUUUAGUUGAGGUUAUGUUGUCAGUAUUUCCAUGGGUAGUGUUAUGAGCCUAGUGAUAGUUUGACAAGGCUUUGGUAAAGAUUAUGUUGUUAGUAUUUCCAUGGGUAGUGUUAUGAGCCUAGUGAUAGUUUGACAAGACUUUGAUAGAGGUUAUGAUAGUAUUAUUUCCAUGGGUAGUGUUAUGAGCCUAGUGAUGGUUUGACAAGACUUUGGUAGAGGUUGUGUUAGUAUUUCCAUGGGUAGUGUUAUGAGCCUAGUGAUAGUUUGACAAGGCUUUGGUAGAGGUUAUGUUGUUAGUAUUUCCAUGGGUAGUGUUAUGAGCCUAGUGAUGGUUUGACAAGGCUUUGGUAGAGGUUAUGUUGUCAGUAUUUCCAUGGGUAGUGUUAUGAGCCUAGUGAUGGUUUGACAAGACUUUGAUAGAGGUUGUAUUAGUAGUAUUUCCAUGAGUAGUGUUAUGAGCCUAGUGAUAGUUUGACAAGGUUUUAGUAGAGGUUAUGUUGUUAGUAUUUCCAUGGGUAGUGUUAUGAGCCUAGUGAUAGUUUGACAAGGCUUUGAUAGAGGUUGUGUUAGUAUUUCCAUGGGUAGUGUUAUGAGCCCAGUGAUGGUUUGACAAGACUUUGGUAGAGGUUGUGUUAGUAUUUCCAUGGGUAGUGUUAUGAGCCCAGUGAUGGUUUGACAAGACUUUGGUAGAGGUUGUGUUAGUAUUCCCAUGGGUAGUGUUAUGAGCCUAGUGAUGGUUUGACAAGGCCAUGAACGUGAAAACACUGAAAGCCAGAUUUACCUCCCUUGUGACAUUUCGAGGCGGUUGUUGCGAGACCCCAAAGCCCUAAAACGCGUAAAAUUUAGGUCCUUUUUUGUCAAACCGGCGACUACGUGAGAUUGAUUCGAGGCCUGUUACCCGCAUAGGCCUAGUCCAUCAAUGCCAACGCCGGCUGUACGGGCGCGUGGCACACUGCGCAGAACCCGACCCGGUGCUGCCGUGAGAGACAACCCCGCGUGGAGGAGGCCGAGGGGACGCCCGCAGAGUUCGCGCACUGCCGAGGGGACGCCCACAAAGCUCGUACCCUUUCCGCAAUUCCCGUGUUUUUGUAAUAAUUUUAUAUAUUUCUACUAUUUCUGCUAGCAAUACUAUUUCUAAGGGAGUUUUCCGCUACUUUUGUACAAUUUAUACUAUUUCUAUUCUUGUAAUACUAGCUUUUGUAUAGCAUUUAUCGUGUUUUUUUUUUUGUACUCAUUUUGUAUAUUAUUACUAUUACAAUUAUUACUACUAUUUCCUAUGCAUUUAUCCGCUAUUUUUGUACAUUUUUACGCUAUUUUGCUCGUGGAACACUAGCCUUCGUGUAGCAUUUAGCGACAUUUUGUACCAUUACUGUAUAUUUCCACCACUCCUACGCUUAGUACAGCAUUUCUCCGCUAUAGGUUAAGACGCGCUGAUGUUACGCCAUUGGUGCCCGGUCCCAGUGGCCAAUAGAAACGCAGGAUUCUAUGGCGUCACUCAAAACUCCGUCGCUCAUUGGCUGGGCUCGCUGUGACGCUGUAGAGGUGAGCAGCCAAUAGGAACGCGUCUUUUGCCAGCCCGCGCAGCUCAUUGGAUGGAUCUCGUGCUCUCGUGGGGGUUCAUAGACUCAGUGACCAAUAGGAACCCGGGAUCGCUCAGUUCUGGGUUCUCAUUGGUUGGUUCCGGUAGUUCUGAGUCUCAAAGGCCAAUAGCAACCCAGAACCCUUCAAUCCUGGGUUCUCAUUGGUUGGUUCCGGUAGUCUUGAGUCUCAAAGGCCAAUAGCAACCCAGCAUCCUCCAAUCCUGGGUUCUCAUUGGUUGGUUCCGGUAGUCUUGAGUUUGAGUGGCCAAUAGAAACCCGGGAUCACUCAGUUCUGGGUUCCGAUUGGCUGUUUCCGGUUGUGAUGUCACGCAGUUGGAGUCGAUUCUCAAGUAGCCAAUAGAAACUUAGCAUUCCGUCCGUACUCGACGCUGAUUGGCUGAAGAUACGCCCCUUAGGUUAAUAUAUAUAUAUGUGUCCGUGUAUGUGCGUGUGUUUGUGUGUAAUAUAUAUCCUUACGUUCCUAUAUUCAGCAUUAAAUACGUUGUUUUAUAAGA